AUGCAUCCCUCCAUUUCCAAUCGGUACGGGGAAUCGCCGCCUCCCUACGAGGAAGUCAUGUCUGGGCAGUACCUGGAAGCUUCCACCUCAGCUCGAGAGGACGGCAGGAUCGAUGUGACCGUCAAGGUGAAGCAGCCAGGUUUGGAAAGCCUCUUACCAGACAACCGAUCAGCAGAUAGCCCACGAUUGCCGGAAGUCCCUCUCAGCGCAGUUAAACCACUGAAUACUGUUAUGCAGAUCGUGGGAAGCACAGGUUUGUUAGCGCCAGUUCCUUUUCCACAAUGCACUAUUGCUAACGGGUUUGCCGGACUUCACCAGAUGUUCAGCCAUUCAGGUACCCGUCUACGCAAAGAUGGCCAUCGGAUUCGGCUCGCAACCCAUGAGAAUCUCAAGGACUUUAUUCGAGAUUCUGGACUGGAGUUCUUUCCAAUCGGCGGCAACCCCGAGGGAUUGAUGAUUUGA